AUGUUACUGCUGCCACUGCUGCUGCUACUUGCCGGACAAGAAGCCUGGACUCAGAGAUUCCAGAUCCAAUUACCAAAUAUCUUUUCCGCCGGUGGUUCAGCUAAUAACAAUAACAAUAACAAUAACCGGAGACGACAGCAAAACAAUAAUAACAACAAUAAUGCCGCGAACUUGGCGAAUUAUUUGGCAAUUCUCAAUGCAAAUGCCUAUCACAAUAGUUAUCUGAAUACUCUUUAUCAAAAUAAUGCUCUAGCACAAUGGAAUCUCUACGAUUAUUACUAUGGAUUGGGAAAUCCAAAUUCGCCAUUUUUCCCAACAACAUCGGCUCCAGUGACAACUACUACAACAGCAUCGCCGACAACAUCCACUACGAUUGCAACUUCGACAGAAAGUCCAACUACAUCAACAGCGAUUCCCACAUCAACAGGAAGUCCAACAACAUCCACGGCUAUACCAACAUCAACAGGAAGUCCAACAACAUCCACAGCAAUUCCAACAUCGACAUCCUCAACAACAGGAAGCACAAUUUGUUUACUGUUUCCCAAUCUGCCAAUUUGCACGACAACAACUUCCACAACAACCGAAUCGACAUCAUCCACAACUGAAUCGACCACUUCCACGGCUGUGGCUGACUCCUCAACAUCAUCCACAACCGAAUCGACAACAUCUACGGCUGUGGCUGAUUCCUCGACAUCGUCCACAACCGAAUCGACCACUUCUACGGCUGUUGCUGACUCCUCGACUUCAUCGACAACUGAAUCGACCACUUCCACUGCUGUGGCUGAUUCCUCCACAUCAUCCACAACUGAAUCGACUACUUCCACGGCUAUACCAACAUCAACAGGAAGUCCAACAACAUCCACAGCAAUUCCCACAUCGACAUCCUCAACAACAGGAAGCACAAUUUGUUUACUGUUUCCGAAUCUGCCAAUUUGCACGACAACAACUUCCACAACAACCGAAUCGACAUCAUCCACAACCGAAUCGACCACUUCCACGGCUGUGGCUGACUCCUCAACAUCAUCCACAACCGAAUCGACAACAUCUACGGCUGUGGCUGAUUCCUCGACAUCAUCCACAACUGAAUCCACAACUUCCACGGCUGUGGAGGACUCCUCAACAUCAUCCACAACCGAAUCGACCACUUCUACGGCUGUUGCUGACUCCUCAACAUCAUCCACAACCGAAUCGUCCACUUCUACGGCUGUGGCUGAUUCCUCAACAUCAUCCACAACCGAAUCGACCACUUCUACGGCUGUGGCUGACUCCUCAACAUCAUCCACAACCGAAUCGUCCACUUCUACGGCUGUUGCUGACUCCUCAACAUCAUCCACAACCGAAUCGUCCACUUCUACGGCUGUGGCUGAUUCCUCGACAUCUUCCACAACUGAAUCCACCACUUCCACGGCUGUGGCUGACUCCUCAACAUCAUCCACAACCGAAUCGACAACAUCUACGGCUGUGGCUGAUUCCUCGACAUCAUCCACAACCGAAUCGACCACUUCUACGGCUGUGGCUGACUCCUCAACAUCAUCCACAACCGAAUCGACAACAUCUACGGCUGUGGCUGAUUCCUCGACAUCAUCCACAACCGAAUCGACCACUUCUACGGCUGUUGCUGACUCCUCAACAUCAUCCACAACCGAAUCGACCACUUCUACGGCUGUGGCUGAUUCCUCGACAUCAUCCACAACUGAAUCCACCACUUCCACGGCUGUGGCUGACUCCUCAACAUCAUCCACAACGGAAUCGACAACAUCUACGGCUGUGGCUGAUUCCUCGACAUCAUCCACAACCGAAUCGACCACUUCUACGGCUGUUGCUGACUCCUCAACAUCAUCCACAACCGAAUCGACCACUUCUACGGCUGUUGCUGAUUCCUCAACAUCAUCCACAACGGAAUCGACAACAUCUACGGCUGUGGCUGAUUCCUCGACAUCAUCCACAACUGAAUCCACAACUUCCACGGCUGUGGAGGACUCCUCAACAUCAUCCACAACCGAAUCGACAACAUCUACGGCUGUGGCUGAUUCCUCGACAUCAUCCACAACCGAAUCGACCACUUCUACGGCUGUGGCUGACUCCUCAACAUCAUCCACAACCGAAUCGACCACUUCUACGGCUGUUGUGGACUCCUCGACUUCAUCGACAACUGAAUCCACCACUUCCACGGCUGUGGCUGACUCCUCAACAUCAUCCACAACCGAAUCGACAACAUCUACGGCUGUGGCUGAUUCCUCGACAUCAUCCACAACUGAAUCCACAACUUCCACGGCUGUGGAGGACUCCUCAACAUCAUCCACAACCGAAUCGACAACAUCUACGGCUGUGGCUGAUUCCUCGACAUCAUCCACAACCGAAUCGACCACUUCUACGGCUGUUGCUGAUUCCUCGACAUCAUCCACAACCGAAUCGACCACUUCUACGGCUGUUGCUGACUCCUCAACAUCAUCCACAACCGAAUCGACCACUUCUACGGCUGUUGCUGAUUCCUCGACAUCAUCCACAACUGAAUCCACCACUUCCACGGCUGUGGCUGACUCCUCAACAUCAUCCACAACCGAAUCGACAACAUCUACGGCUGUGGCUGAUUCCUCGACAACAUCCACAACUGAAGCAACAUCAGCUACAACACUGAGUUCUAUUUGUAUGCAGUUUCCUCAUCUACCAAUUUGCACUACAACUACAUAUACAACAACAACAACAGAAACCACAACAACCGACGGGGAUACCACUACUGCGUCGUCCACAUCCAGCACUACAACUGACAUAACAACAUCUACUGCAGUUACUGAUUCAUCAACGACAACCAGUGGAGAUACAACAGAAUCCACCACGGCAGCAACGGAUUCUACUACUGCGUCGUACACAUCCAGCACUACAACUGACAUAACAACAUCUACUGCAGUUACUGAUUCAUCAACGACAACCAGUGGAGAUACAACAGAAUCCACCACGGCAGCACCGGAUUCUACUACCGCGUCGUCCACAUCCAGCACUACAACUGACAUAACAACAUCUACUGCAGUUACUGAUUCAUCAACGACAACCAGUGGAGAUACAACAGAAUCUACCACGGCAGCAACGGAUUCUACUACUGCGUCGUCCACAUCCAGCACUACAACUGACAUAACAACAUCUACUGCAGUUACUGAUUCAUCAACGGCAACCAGUGGAGAUACAACAGAAUCCACCACGGCAGCAACGGAUUCUACUACCGCGUCGUCCACAUCCAGCACUACAACUGACAUAACAACAUCUACUGCAGUUACUGAUUCAUCAACGACAACCAGUGGAGAUACAACAGAAUCCACCACGGCAGCAACGGAUUCUACUACUGCGUCGUCCACAUCCAGCACUACAACUGACAUAACAACAUCUACUGCUGUGGCUGAUUCGACAACCAGCACUACAACUGACAUAACAACAUCUACUGCAGUUACUGAUUCAUCAACGACAACCAGUGGAGAUACAACAGAAUCCACCACGGCAGCAACGGAUUCUACUACUGCGUCGUCCACAUCCAGCACUACAACUGACAUAACAACAUCUACUGCAGUUACUGAUUCAUCAACGACAACCAGUGGAGAUACAACAGAAUCCACCACGGCAGCAACGGAUUCUACUACUGCGUCGUCCACAUCCAGCACUACAACUGACAUAACAACAUCUACUGCUGUGGCUGAUUCGACAUCCAGCACUACAACUGAUAUAACAACAUCUACUGCUGUAGCUGAUUCGACAAUAAGUACUUCCACAGAUAUAACAACAUCUACUGCAGUAAUUGAUUCGUCGACAUCCACAACUACCGAAAAUAUGUGUGUAUCCAAUCCUAAUCUUUCACAAUGCAAAAGCAAAUUGGCGGCCGAGGUGGAGCACGUUCCAACUGUACUUAGUGAGCCAUAUACUGGUCCGGAGCAUCAGUUGUCUAUUCAAUCGAAGCCCCAAUCUGUGUCUUCGCUCUGCUUCUACUAUCCUCGUCUUUGUACGAAGCCGGAAGAGGCACAAUUUGUACGAUUGACUGAUGGACAUGGAAAACCUUUGCUUCUCAUAUCACCGAACUCGAUUUCCAGCCGUUCUGCCCCGACAACCGGUCUUUGGCGAGCCAUGAGAAGAAGACUUCGAAGAGCAUCUGCUAAUUGAGUUUCUUUUGUUUAAUUUAAAUAAAUAAAAAAUGUAAAAUUUUACACCAA